GCUGUGUGCACUUGCAUGUGUGGGUGAGCGUGCUCGCGUGUGUGUGUGCGUGCGUGUAAGCGCCUCCGUGCAAUCUAUUAAAGUGUGGAAUAGCAAAUAUCAAUUGAAUAUAUAGAGAAGAAAUCAAACGACCGUCCGACCGCUGGCGUUCGCCACAAUAAUAAUUGUUUCCAGUGCGAUUUUCCGUUACCGACACCGUCUCCGUUGCUGUCGGUGCCCUUAAUGUUGUUUUCGCUGAUGUUGUCGUUGUUGCUGUUGUCGUCGUCGUCGUCGUUGUUGUUGUUGUCGCUGUGUAUCUGUUGACGGCAACGCGCAACGGCCAACUGAUGAGUUUCAAUUGUUUUCAUUAAACGGCAUCGACAAAAAGAAAAAAAAAAAUAGCAAAAGAAAUCAAAAACCUAAAUAAAAUUUAUGCGCGCACCACACGCCCCAAACGACGCCCCGCCACUGUUAACCGAUCCGCCCAAGCGCAGCAAGAGGAAGCAACACAACGCAGUAGCAACAGUGAAGGCUGCCCGCACCCACACACGCCCUAAAUCCCCAAGGCAGAGGCUCGAGCUCAGGCUCCACCUUCAGCUCCGCCUCCUGAUCCAGCUCUAGCUCCAGCUCCGACCUCAGCUCCCACUCAGUGCUAACAAAUGGCCUCCAACAAUUUUGGCAGCAAUGCUGCUGCCGGAGCAGCAGUGACCUCGGUCUCUGCAGCAGCAGCCGCGGCAGCAGCAGCUGUCAAUGCUGAUUUGUGGCGCGAAUGCGUUGCCUGGCUGGUGCGCUGCAAGGUAAUACCAGCGGACCACAAGGCCGCCCUGCCCGACGCCGAGAUACGUAUUCUGGCCAUGACGUUGCGCGAUGGCGUGCUGCUCUGCAACCUGGUCAUACACCUCGACCCCACCAGCAUGGAUGCGCGCGAGUUCAAUCGCAAGCCGCAAAUGGCGCAGUUUCUGUGCUGCAAGAAUAUCAAAUUGUUUCUGGACGUGUGCCACAAUCAUUUCAAUAUACGCGAAGCGGAUCUCUUCGAGCCCACGAUGCUCUACGAUCUGACCAACUUCCAUCGUGUGCUCAUAACGCUCUCGAAGCUGUCGCAGUGCCGCAAGGUGCAGCAACUGCAUCCGGAGCUGCUCGGCUUCAAUCUGCAGCUGUCGCCCAGCGAACGCUCCCACUCGGAUGAGGCCAUAUAUAAGGAUCUGCAUUCCACCAAUAAUGAAUUGAGGACAACGGGCAGCAUGGAUGCCGCCGGCUCCUCAUCCUCGGAGUACUACGAGCGGACCUCGCACAGCGGCUCGCUCUCGGUGGAGGAUGAGAAUAGCGACAUUACAAUUGAGAACGGCACCGAGGACAUUGACGACUAUAUCGAGGAUUCGCUGUCCAACAUGUGUGACUCGAGCAUCGACAACGAUGCUGCCAUCGGUGGCGAUGCCAAUCACUCCGUCCAGGGCCAGCUGCGGGCCCUCUCCUUUGAUCUCAAUACCAGUGCCGGCAACAGCGGCAGCUUUGACUGUGUCACGCCCACGCCGCAGGUGGAUGCGCCCAAGGCGAGCACCUCAGCUGCCGCUGCAGCUGCUGCUGCCCAAGAAGCAGCUGCAGCCGCUCAAGAAGCCGCUGCAGCAGCUCGAGACGCAGCCACAGCAACAGCAGCAACAACAAAAGCCACAACAACAACAGCAACAGGCAGCGGCAAAAGUUUGGCCAUCGAGAGGCAACAUCAUGCAUCCACCAGCUCCUCAUCCUCGUCGCUGUUCGUCAGCGAGAGCCAACGGCUGCAGCGAGCCGCCGCCGCCGUCUACAACUAUCGAUCCUCGAUGAUGAUGUCGACGGAGCACGAGUAUGCCUACAUCAACGACAUCUACAGCGAGGACGACGAGAAGGUCUACGAGGAUCUCUGCUACGUCACAUUCCAGUCCAAGGCCAAACCAGAGGUUACCACCGACAACAUUGCAUGCAAUGGAACCGCUUAUGAUCACAUCAACACAAAAGAAGAGGAGGUCUAUCAAGAUUUGUGCGCACUGCACAGAACGAGUAGAGGCCAGACAACAUCCGCAACCAGUUUUGAGCAGCGGGACUAUGUCAUACGCGAACUCAUCGACACCGAAUCCAACUAUCUGGACGUGCUCAAUGCACUCAAGACCAAAUUCAUGUUACCGCUGGAGCGGCAUCUCAAUCAAGAUGAACUGCGUCUCAUCUUUCCCCGCAUACGGGAACUGGCCGAUAUUCACACAAAGUUUCUGGAGAAGCUGCGCGAGUCACUCAUGCCCAACGCUAAGCAAAAAAUGGGCCAGGUGUUCCUUGAGUUCCGCGAGCCUUUCCUCAUCUACGGCGAGUACUGCUCCUGUCUGCUGAAUGCCAUAGACUAUCUAGCCGAUAUCUGCAAGAAGAACCAAAUAAUUGACCAGCUGGUGCAGAAGUGCGAGCGGGAAUACAAUGUGGGGAAGCUGCAGCUGCGGGACAUCCUGUCGGUGCCCAUGCAGCGCAUACUCAAGUACCAUCUGCUGCUGGACAAGCUGGUGAAGGAGACGUCGCCGCUGCACGAGGACUACCGAUCGCUGGAGCGGGCCAAGGACGCCAUGAUUGAUGUGUCGCAGUACAUCAAUGAGGUGAAGCGCGACUCGGACCAUUUGGUCAUCAUCCAGAAGGUCAAGGACAGCAUCUUCGAUCUGAACUUGCCGCACAACGGCAACGAUCUGCUGCAAUAUGGACGACUGCUGCUUGACGGCGAUCUGCAUAUCAAGGCGCACGAGGAUCAGAAGACCAAAAUGCGUUACGCCUUUGUGUUCGACAAGAUUCUGAUACUGGUCAAGCCGCUGCAUGUCAAGACCGGCGACAUGCAGUACACAUAUCGGGACUCGCACAAUCUGGCCGACUAUCGGGUCGAGCAGAGCCACUCGCGUCGCACGCUCGGCCGGGACACGCGCUUCAAAUACCAAUUGCUGCUGGCCAAGAAGUCGGCGAAGACCGCCUUUACGCUCUACUUGAAGUCGGAGCACGAGCGGGACAAGUGGCGCAAGGCGCUCACCGAAGCCAUGGAGAGCCUCGAUCCGCCUGGCUGCCGGAAUACGGAUCAUAAAAUGGAGAUUUACACGUUCGAUGCGCCCACCACGUGCCGGCAUUGCUCCACAUUUCUGAAGGGUCGCAUCCACCAGGGCUAUCGCUGCAAGGUGUGCCACAUCAGUGUGCACCGCGGCUGCAUCUCGUCCACGGGGCGCUGCAAACAGAAUCCGGUUAGCAUACCGCCGCCCGUCUGCGAUCGCCAGCUGUCCGAGUUCAACUGGUUUGUGGGCAACAUGGAUCGGGAGACGGCGGCCAAUCGCUUAGAGAAUCGACGCAUUGGCACCUAUCUGCUGCGUGUGCGUCCACAGGGCGCCUCCUCGCCGCACGAGACCAUGUAUGCGCUCAGCUUGAAGACCGACGACCAUGUGAUUAAGCAUAUGAAAAUCAACCAGGAAAACGAUGGCGAGUCCAUGCUCUACUGCUUGUCAUCGCGUCGCCAUUUCAAGACCAUCGUCGAGCUGGUUUCGUACUAUGAGCGCAAUGAUUUGGGCGAAAACUUUGCCGGGCUCAACCAGUCGCUGCAGUGGCCCUAUCGUGAGGUCUAUGCCACGGCGCUGUACGACUUCGAUCCGAAGCCCGGCAGCAAUCAGCUGCAGCUGCGAACCGAUUGCCAGGUGCUGGUAAUUGGCAAGGAUGGCGACAGCAAAGGCUGGUGGCGUGGCAAAAUCGGUGAUACGGUGGGCUACUUUCCCAAGGAGUACGUGCAGGAGCAUCCAGUGACUAGCGACGAGCUUUGAUAUUACAACUCGGAGGUUUACUUUGCACCCAAAGCGAGCACACCAACGGCGGCCAUUUCUGAAACACCUGUAGCGACAAAUAUGGAGGCGAUUAACAGUUACAACAGCAGUUAAAGCAACAACAACAACACGAACAUCAUGAUGAUGCUGAUGAUGAUGAUACAUUUGUUGCACUGCACUUAGUUCAAAUAUACAAAAAGAAAACAAAAAUCGAUUAUUUUUAAAGGAAAUUUGGAAAAUUAUUUGCAUUGCGUCGCUCGAAACUUUAGUGCCAACAAAACAGAACAGAUUCCAUGAUUACGUGGAAAUGUUCUUAAAAAUUACACAAAAAAAAAAAACGUUUAUUUUUAACUAAUUGUAUGUUGCAAUAAAUAAUAUAUAUAUAUGUACAAUUAUAUAUAGUGUAUAAGCAUGUGUGAAUGGCAACUUAGUUUAUUUACAUAAAUUUAAAUUUAUAUAUAUAUAUUUUUUUUUUUUUCGAAUUGUAUAUUUUCCCUUUACGUUUUUAUUGUGUAUUGCGCUGCACUUGAUGAUUAAGAAAAAGAAAAACAAAAACAAUAUUAUUUGAAAGGAACAUUAAAUAAAUGCGCUGUGCGGCAUUUCAUACAAGAAGCUUUAAACUUGAUAUAUAUAUAUACAUAUAUACACAAAGCAAACGAAAAACUGAAUAACGUAGAUACAUAUAUAUACUUGAAUGUUAACAUUAAUAUAUAUAUAUAUAUAUAUAUAUAUAUAUAUAUAUAUGUAUGUAUGUCAACAAUACGAACUUGAUGUAUAAUCCGAAACGCAAAUGUUAACAAGUCGAACGAAAUGCGGCCACAAAAAAUUGUGUGCGACUGCAACAACAACAAAAGCUUUAGAAAAUAACAAAUUAUGCCUACUUAUGUAUACACACAUCCAUUCACGAAUAUAUAUAUGAUAUAUAUAUGCUGAGGAAAUUAACAUAUUGUAACUAGAGCCAACGAAUAUUGCAGACUUAACGAAAUAUUGUAACGUUUUUAUUAUAUAAAAAAAAAAUCGCGAAGAGCCAAGGCAAUGAGCAUAAUUAUACUGUAUACAUAUAGAUCUAUAUAUGUAUAGAACUCCCUCUCUAUAUAUGUAUAUAGACGGUAAUAUUUUACACUCUUUUCAAAUUUCGCUUUCAUUUCCUUGAACUGCUUAAGGCGCAUGCAAAAUAGUUGGUUUCACACUUGACCUAAGAAUAUAUGUGUUGUCAAAUGUAUGUAUAUAUGUGUGGUUUCAUAUGUGUAUAUGUGCAAAUGCAUUGCCUAAUAGCUUUAACUUAAACAAUUCCAAACUUUGCAUUUAAAUGCGCUUGCAACAAUAUCUCUUUCGCACUCUGACUCUCUCGCUCUUUCGCUACAUAAUUGUAUAACAUGCAUAUAUGUUUGUAUGUGAAUUGUACUGAAUUCAUUGUUUGGCAGCUGAAAUAAAUUAACUGCAAAAACAAAUCACAAAAAUCUAUAUAUAUAUAUAUGAAAUUGUAACAAAUAUUAAAACAAUGCCUCAAAAACAAUAUAUGUAUAUAUAUGUAUACAUAUAUAUCUCUAUAGAUACUAUGUAUAUCUGCAUAUGGCCCAUUGUAUUGGGCUGUUUAAGUAAAGUUUUUAAUUCAAUUUUAUCGCCUCCAGUUUCAAUGCCAAUGUAACAAAUGUAUUAAAUGUAAAUGACUUUA